AUGGGCUUUGACGAGGAUUCGGCCGAGAUUCUCAAGGCCCCUGAGCCGAGUAAGGGAGGUCUCGUGGUUAAAAAGAAGAAAGAGGAAAAUGGAACAUUCAAAAAACCUUCUGCCUUUGGCCUUGAAGCUCUAGCAGAGAAGAAACGGAAAGAGAGGGAGCGCGAAGAGCGAGAAAAAGACCGCGAUGGAGACAGAAAUUACCGACGAAAGCGAAUUGAAACUCCUUCAAAUACUGGCGGUGUCAGUGACAAGUACUACGAGCGAAGACGCGAUCGAGAACGAAGAGACAAGGAUAGAAAAGACUACCAGUCAAGUAGAAAUAAAGGAUCUCGAUACGAAGACUGGGAAGAUGACGACAGACGAGAUCGAGACCGAAACAGGGAUCGAGACCGACGGGGAGGCCGAUCUGAUAGAUCAGAACGCGGAAAUCGAUCGUGGGAAACUCCGACGCCAGGCCGAACACCAAGGGAAUCCCCAUCACCUUAUAUACGGUCGGACAGGCGCUCUGAGCGGGGCGAAAAAGGAACCCCACUUCCAACACCAUCGUAUAAAUACAAUGACUGGAUGGGGGAUAAGAAAUUAAACGAUCGAGGCAGCGAAUCUACCAGGACAACUGAAUGGUCAGCUUCCGAGCUCCGUGAAUACGAAGAAGACCAGAAACAAGCAGAUCGAGAUUGGUACACAAUGGAUGAAGGAAACGAUCCGCACAGAAUGGACCCUGACCAGGAAUAUGUUGACAAGAAGGAAGAUCAACUGAAGAAAAAACGAGAGCCGUUGAGAAUGUCGGCAAAGCAUCAACAGUACAACAUCGACAACGAAAAAUGGGAGGCCGAACUUCUUCUAAGAUCCGGUGUUGUUACUCAAACCAAUUACGAUGAAGAUUUUGACGAAACAACUGGUUCAAGAGUGCAUAUUUUGGUGCACAAUAUCAUGCCACCGUUUCUCGACGGUCGAACGAUCUUCACUAAACAACCGGAGCCGGUCGUGCCUGUCAAAGGAAAAGGUUCAAAGUUUCGCGCUUGA